AUGAGUACGGCAGACGGCCUUACUCAGACCUCGACCACAUUCCCUGCCAUGACAACACCGCAGCCAGAUACCUCAAUUCCAACUGGGCCACGUCAUCCACGUUCUUCUAGGCCGUCUAGACGUAGAGGACGGGGUCCUGCGAAUCGUGAUGGUCAACAACAAAGAACUGCGCCUGUGAGCGAACCUUCAAAUCAGCCUGCCCCGCAAAUACAACCGACACAGUCUGAGCAACAGCCGACUACAGCACCUCAGCCUGGUCAGCAGGAUCAAACGUCUCGCUCGCGGAGAGGAGGAAACAGAGAAGGAAAAAGCCGGAGACAAAGAAAUAAUGGAGCUCCCCGGCGAGGACAAGGUCAAAAUGCAGGACCUGAAGGCCAAGAGCCGCGACCAGAGCCCCAAACCCGUGGGAUGAGAGCUCGUGGCUUUGAAGCUCAGUUGACGAGACCAGAUCAGGCUGGGAACGGCCCCUCAUUGGAUAGUACGGAUCACGACCAUGGCCUCAGGGCUGAUGUAGCGGAUUUUGUACCAGGAAUGCCCUCAUUUGCACAGGGACCAUCUUCGGAAUCAGCGCCAUCUACGAAAGGGAAAGGAAAAGCUAGGCAGCCUAGGGCACCGCCACCCAAAGUUACGACGAAAUCUACAGCUGACGAUCUGGCUACCCGCAUUCACGAGGAUAUCUCGCACAAUUUAUACGAGUGUCCUAUCUGCUGCAGUGAAUUGGGUCGCAGGUCCAAGAUUUGGAACUGUGAGCUUUGUUGGACUGUUUUCCACCUGAGCUGUGUCAAGAAGUGGUCCACGAAUGAGGGCGCAGCUGCCCAGAGAGCUUCUGCUCAAGAAGAUGGACAGGAGACCGUCACGCCUCGCGCUUGGCGUUGUCCGGGUUGUAACCUUUCUCACGAAAAUUUCCCCUCGAGCUACUCUUGCUGGUGUGAAAAAGAGAUCGAUCCGAGGCCACUUGCUGGUCUACCUCCACACUCGUGUGGUCAGACUUGUUCACGGCCUCGUAAGGGAUGCCCCCACCCUUGUGACGCGACUUGCCAUGCCGGUCCUUGUGCGCCUUGUACUGCCAUGGGCCCAACGCAGGAUUGCUUCUGCGGCCUUAAUUCAUCCUCAAAACGUUGUCAGGAUACCGAUUAUGAAAAUGGAUGGAGCUGCGGUGAAAUCUGUGGCGAGCUACUGCCAUGCGGAGAACAUACAUGUCCGCUACCCUGUCACGAGGGACUAUGUGGUGGCUGUGAGGUUAGCAUUGAUGCUCGUUGCUAUUGUGGAAAAUUGCAAACAGAGAUGCUGUGCAAGUCCAAGGAUGAUGAGGAGGAUAGUCGGAUUGUUAGCGAGGAUGGCUCGGAAGAUGAAUGGACCGGCUGCUUUGGUUGUGGAGAGACUUGUAAUCGUCCACUUGAUUGCGGCAUUCAUUCAUGCCAGAAGAAUUGUCAUCCGCAAGACUCUCAUCCCGCACACUGUCCGCGGUCACCGGACGUUAUUGUCAACUGCGCCUGCGGCAAGACACCACUGUCUGAGAUCCCCGGAUAUACACCUCGGACCUCCUGCGAAGAUCCAAUCUUGAACUGCCAAAAGCCAUGUGGCAAGACAUUGCCAUGUGGUCAUCCUUGCGAGAAGCUGUGUCACACUGGAUCCUGUGGCGCGUGUUUAAAAAAUGUCUACAUCAAGUGCCACUGCGGCCGUACUAAUAAUUUGACGAUCUGUCAUCAAGGCCACAAUGAGCCUCCUCAGUGCCCACGCAUGUGCAAGGCGACUCUGCACUGCGGUCGGCAUACAUGCACUGAAAGAUGUUGUCCAGGAGAGCAAAGGGCCAACGAGCGCCAGGCCGCGCGUCGUAAGCUCAGAUCCCAUCUCCGCCCUGCUGAGGAAGAUAUUGAGGCCGAGCAUAUCUGUACUCGCAUAUGUGGCCGGAUGCUGAAAUGCGGAAGGCACACAUGCCCAGAGCUCUGCCACAAGGGUGCCUGCAAUACCUGCAGGGAAGCAGUCUUCGAGGAGAUUGCGUGCAAUUGCGGAAGAUCUGUUCUAUAUCCACCGCAACCAUGUGGCGCAAAGCCACCGGCUUGCAGCUUCCAAUGUAACCGUCCAAAACGGUGUGGUCACCCUCAAGCCGUACACAACUGCCACACGGAUGAGGAAAACUGUCCCAAGUGUCCAUUCUUGACCGAAAAGGCCUGUCUGUGCGGUAAGCGGGUAUUGAAAAACGUGCCUUGCUGGUUAUCAGAUGCGCGCUGUGGUCAGAUAUGCGGGCGGCCGCUCAAGUGCGGCUCCCAUUUCUGCCGGAAAGACUGUCAUCGCCCAGAGGAUUGCGAAGACGCAACCAAGCCUUGCAGUCAGUCCUGUGGGAAGAACAAGACGAUGUGCGGCCACCCUUGCACAGACCAAUGUCAUGCGCCAUACGCGUGUCCCGAAAAGACUCCCUGUUCGUCCAAGAUUGCAGUGACCUGUGGUUGUGGACGACUCCGACAAGAAAGACGCUGCAAUGCCGCCAAGGCCGUAACAUCCAAGGGCCAAGUCCAGACGCCUCAGCGCCACCCCGAGCUAACCCCAUUGGCCUGCGACGAUGAAUGCGCACGUCUCGAGCGGAAUCGUUCGCUGGCAGGCGCUCUCGGCAUCGAUAUCAACCAGUCAACCACCGCGCAAACCAUUACCGCCGAGAACCUCCCCUACUCGGACGAGACUUUGGAUAAUUAUGUCAAACUUGCAGCCUCUUCGCCUCUGGCGACUCUCCAAGGCUACGAGGCCAGUCUUCACUCCCUUGCUGCUGCAGACAAGUCCACUCGCUCAUUCCGCUUCCAGCCUGCGAAACCCGCUCUCCGUGCAUUCGCACACUCCCUCGCUGCAGAUUGGGGCUUCGUGACAGAAAGCCACGAUCCGGAACCUCACCGCCACGUCUUCGUCUUGAAGCCCGUUGCCUGGACGCCUCCUCUCUUCGGCAUGGGCAGCGCCUCGACCAUCGGUAUUGGUGGUAUGAGCGUGCGUGAGUGCGUGAAGCUCCGGGAACGCGAGCGCAGCAAAGAACAAGAGGCACGUCGCGUUGCUGCUCUUGAAGCAAAGGCCGCCCGCGAAGCCGCCAAGGCACAGGCUAGUUCUGGAGACGGCGGCUGGGCUCAGGUUGCCUCGAAGAGCAAGGGUGGUAGUGGCGCCAGUUCGAGGACUGGGACACCCAUUCAGAACUCGUGGGUGAGCAAGUCUAUAUAUGCUGCUCUGGACGGUGAUGGAGCGAAGAAGGAACGGUUGGUUCUUCGCUCGGGUGUUGGAGCGGGCAAGUCUUUGCGUGCGAAGACACCUGCUGCUGAGGUUGUUGAUAAUUGGGAGCAAGCCGAGGAAGAGGCAGAGGAGAAAGAGGAGAGAGAGGAAUCGGCGGGACAGGCGCAGGAUGGGGAGAACUCUGUCCAUGAGGACCCUGAGGGAAAGUCUGAAUCUCGCUGUCCUCAACCCGAGGUUGAGGUUCCCCAGGAAGAUCGCCCCACUCAGACCGAGACAUCUGUUACAGACGAUGUCCCGGUCUAG